AUGAAUUUUAUCAUCUUUUUACUGUUUAUUAACGUGUUUAUAAAAGUUUCCAGGGGUAACAAUUUGUUAACUCAGGAUAUCCCGGGUACUAGUAAACUAACUAAUCUGCACACUGACGUGGAUAAUAAUUGCAGUGGUAUUACGGGAGUAACAAAGUACCAUGACGAAUUUUGCACUGUGGAAUGUGUAAAAAUAUUUAAAAAGUGUGCGUCAGAAGCAAAUGUCAUAAAGUGCGUGAGUAAUCUCAAGUUGUACGACAAAAGUGCCAAUUUAUUCUUUAAAAGGUGUAAAUUUACUCCGAAUUUACAGGCCAAAAUUGAUAAUUUUGAAAAUAUUAUCACCAACAAAUGUUUUAUCACAAGGGCAGUUUACAGGAAUUCCUGGCUCGACACACAGUCACACAGCUGCCACUGCGCACUCUAUAACGCCGAACCCUGCACUCUAGACGAUAUACAAACUAUCAACUAUGUCAAUUCUACUGAUAGUGUUGACAGUGUGACUCAGGGUGUCAACAGUGUGAUUGAGGGAGUCAAAAUUGUAAGUGAGAGAGUAGUGGAGGAAGUGAUUGAGGAGUUGCGGGGUUCGGGAAUAUGCCCAAAACUUAAUUAUCCUCCCUUGGUAAAGGAUGAUAAAUCAAUUUACACCGUUGCUCUGGCAAAUAAUAAACAACUUCACUGUCCAAAGAGUGACAAUUUGAAGGAUUGGAACCCUCCGAUAAGUAAUUUGCCAGACGAACAGUUACCAAAUUACUGUAAAAACGGCCCCGUACACUCCGAUAACACUGAAGAGAAGGAAUUUGAAUGUGCUGACGUGAGGGGCGUGGGAACGGAUUUGGACACUGAGUGUAUAGACUUGUGUGAAGAGAUUGAGCAGCACUGUGAGCAGUUUGACGCAAAUUUAAUCAGUUGCAUCAGGGACAAAUUAACACAAGAACAAGAAUUCAACAAACUCAAAUGCCAAUUCGGUAAAGAUGUUGGCUUGACUGAGAUAUGCACUGAACUAUUUAAGGCGUCGGAUAAUCAAAUCGAGUGCCUAAACCUCUGCAAUUUCACCAAGGACACCUGCCAAAUCCACACCAAACCAACCAAAAACACAUGCAAACAUACACUGUUCACAAUUCAACCGUCUAACAAUGUUAAAAAUGAUCAAAUUCGGGGAAAUCAGGGAAACAAUGGGCAAGAGGAACCCGUUGAUCCCGUGGUAACCCCUGAAAUCAAGAGCAAAGUGAACAAUUUUAACGAGAAAUGUAAGUUUGUGAGUGGAAAUAAUUUGGGAUUUGGUUAUGUUUUAUGUAAAUUUAAGAGUGAAAUUUGUUCAUUUGGUGAGUGGUCUGACUGGUCAGAUUGCACUUCCAACUGCAUCGGAUUUGAUCACAUUCCCACUCGUUACAGGACACGUAAAAUUAUUAACCCCGUUCCCCCCUGUGCUCGUCAAGCCCUAGGCACACUUGAGAUACAAAUUUGUACACACCUGCCCAGGUGUAACUCCGGCUGGAUCACCACAACUCUUGCUGCACCCGUUGUCACCAGAGUAACAAAAAGUAAUUCUACAAAUAGUAAACCCUAUCCCGACUGGGUCUAUUACGCUCUAGAACAGUAUCCCAAUCUCGUCAACGGUGUUGGUGAUGGUGUAAAUGACACCAGCACACCCACAGCAGACACUCCCAACUCUACCAAUACUGCUGCUAACAGUACCAAUUCUGCUGCUAAUACUGCUAAUAGUAGUAAUAGUAAUAAUAGUACUGCUAAUAAUGAUAAUAAUAAUAGUGAAGAGUGGGAGAUAAGAAGGAGUGUGCGUGUGACAACGAUAAAGGAGACGAAAUGCGGCUGUCCUAGGCGGGUCAGGAGUAUAAGAUUUAGUGAGUUUAUGGAAAGCGAGGGGUUAAUUACGGAGCUACGAAAACUAUGUAAACUAAAUAAAAAUAAUCAGUUAGUUUUCGAGAGCGAUGCCAGGUAUGUGUACCACUGUAACUUGGGGUUUCUACUGAAGGAAGUGGAGACUAAGCAUAUAAAAUGUGACGAGGAAGAUAGCACAGAGUAUAUAAUAUGUAAAAAGGUAAUUAGAAGGAUCAGAAAGGACCAAAUCACACUCCCGGCAAUUGCCGUAACACUGGGCGUUCUCGCACUAAUCCUAGUCACUGACCAAAUUAACAAAUUUUAUAACCGCAAAAUGUUCUCCAAACGGAAAAAUCUGUAAUGCCACAAUGCCACAUCACACAUUCACCAACUUUCAAUUUUUCCAAUUUUUUCAAUUUUUUCACUAACUUUUCAAUUUUUUAAUCAAUUAAAUAAAAUUAAAUAAAAUUA